AUGGUGCUAUCAUCAUGGCGGGAUGCAUGAAAAUGAUAAACGAUUUCACCUCUAUAAGUGUUAAAUUAACGGCUGUCACGGUGCUGCUUAUCUGUUUACCUCAAACCUCAGGGCUCCAGGAUACGGGUAACACACAUCCAGUAACUGAUCUCCGGGAUGGUGGGGAGUACGUCAUGUCAGGGUCCAACAGGUUCUGUUACAAAAACACUGUGGUACCAACUUGGAAGCAAACAUGGACAAGAAUUCAGGUCAAAGUUUGGAGUUCAAACGUGUUCAAGGUGGCAACUGUGGAGGGUGAGGAGGAGCUGCAGGAGCUGGAUCGCUUCAGUGUCUGGGGCUGGUUUCAGAGCUUGUUACGUGAGCGGCACAAUGAAACAACUAUUAACAUCAAUUUAUUCAGCAAGAAGACGUGCUUCAAGAUCGAUCCUGCUGACAAAACAAAGUACACUGUCAAGCACCUUCGUAAGUUUGAUAUCUAUCUGUUUUUGGUAUUCCUCGCUGGGGCGUUGUUGUUCAUCUUUGCAGGAUCACUCAGCAGGAGUCAGCUUUUUUUCUACUCAGCUGGGAUGAGCACAGGCAUGAUCGCCUCUCUCAUCAUCAUCGUUUUCAUUUUGGCACGCUUUUUGCCAAAGAAAAGCCCUUUUUAUGCGUUGAUUGUUGGCGGCUGGUCGUUUUCCGUGUACGCCAUCCAGCUUGUCUUCAGGAACCUCGGCGUGAUUCUGCGAGAACACUGGAACGUGGUGCUAGGUUACGUAGGAGUGGUGGGAUUCAUCACUUUCGCUGUGUGUUACCGUUAUGGUCCUCUGGAGGAUGAGAAGAGCAUUAACAUCUUGUCAUGGACGCUGCAGCUGUUUGGCCUCCUCCUGAUUUAUUUGGGGAUUCAAAUUCAGCAAGUUGCCUUUGCCAUCAUCGUGGCAGCUCUGUUCUCCAAACACCUGGAGUACCCAGUCUCUCUGGCUGUUGCUGCGUGGAGGAAAAUCAAACGGUAUAUUCGUUGGAAGCCGGAGCCACGGCGACUGCUGACUGAGGAGGAGUAUCAGAAAGAGGCGGAGGAAGAGACUCGGCGUGCUCUGGAUGAGCUGAGGAAGUACUGCAACAGCCCAGAGUUCAGCCCGUGGAAGGCAGUGUCCAGGCUUCAGUCUCCGAAAAGGUUUGCUGAUUUCGUCGAAGGAUCUCCUCACUUGAUGUCAAAUGAGGUGUCUGUCCACGCGCAGGAAUACGGCUUCGGAGGAUCUUUUUUUGAGGAUGAAUUUUUUGACACAGAUGACGAGGAAGACGAUCUUAAGCCUAUGAUGAAACCGGAGUGAGACGCCACUGUGUUCAGAGACUUAUAAAGACAGAGACAGUUAGAGCCUUUCAGAAAGGUAGGCAGAGAUCAGCUCUCCGUGGCUUCUGUACAGACGUCCGGACUGAUUUGUGAGCGAUCACUGUGGAGGCUGGAUUGAGACAAAAACAUGAAUUGUGGUUUCAGUCACAAAAGGCACCACAAGGAAAAGUGACUGACAGUCACAGACAGAACGAUGUGGUCAGAUUUGUUAUGAGCAUAAAAAAAAAAGACAAAGAAAUGUAGUUUCAAAGACUGUGCACUAAAGCCAGAUCUCCUCUUUUUCUAGGGAACAAAGGCUUCUGUUACACUUGAGGUUACAAAUGUGUUGAUACUCGGUGAUCGGGACCUUUUUUGGAGGUCAAAACAGUGAACUUUUUACUGUGUGAUGGUAGUUUGUGUUGUCUUUAGCUUAGAAAAGGUUUUUACAUUUUGAAAACAUUGUGUUCACAGCUGUUAGCCUCUAAUGAGAGCAUCCAGAUUACAUGAGCAUUAUGGUCUCACCUCUCAGAACAGCAGCAUGACGAGGCCGCAGGUAUUGUUCUAGCUUUCAGCUCGGGGAGGAAAAGUUUGGUCAAGUUUGUAUUUCGCAGUUUUUUCAUUUUAAAGGACAUAAGUGUUAGGAAG